AUGCCGCGCAUCUCCAGCAGGAUCGGCCAUGGCCUUACCAAGGGGCUUGGCAUCCAAGUGGAGGACCCCGACCGCGGCCGCGAUGCCGUCACUCGAGGCGAGUCUGUCAUGUCCGCCCAAACCAGCGAUUCCUUCUUUGAAGGCCCUCCCACUACCUUAGAGUGGAUUCAUGAACAGGUUCCUACCCGCCAGGAGACGGCCGCCUAUAUCAAGUCUCUCUUCCCGUUUCUCUCUUGGAUAACACACUACAACUUACAGUGGCUGGCUGGCGAUCUUGUCGCGGGCAUCACCAUUGGCGCUGUCCUCGUUCCCCAAGGCAUGGCCUAUGCCCUGUUGGCCAACCUCGAGCCCCAAUUCGGUCUCUACUCGUCCUUUAUGGGUGUCAUCAUCUACUGGAUCUUCGGUACUUCGAAAGAUAUAUCCAUCGGUCCUGUCGCCGUUCUUUCUACCGUUGUCGGCACCGUCGUGGCAGAUUUCAAGUCAUCCGGCUUACCCUAUUCCGCAAACGUCAUUGCCUCUGCCCUAUCCAUCGUGGCAGGUUGCAUUGUCUUGGGUAUGGGCCUUCUGCGUCUGGGUUGGUUGGUUGACUUGAUUUCCAUUACCUCCCUGUCUGCAUUCAUGACGGGCUCUGCCAUCACCAUCGCUGUCAGCCAGCUGCCCGCUCUUCUCGGCCUUCAUGGCUUCUCCAACAGAGACGCUCCGUACAAGGUCAUCAUCAACACUCUCAAGAACCUUCCUCAUGUCAAGCUCGACGCUGCUCUAGGUCUCACCGCGCUCUUCCUACUCUACCUCAUCCGAUUUAUCCUGACCCGCGCCGCCGAGCGCUGGCCCAACAAGAAGCGUAUCAUCUUCUUUGCAAACACCAUGAGAACCGUCUUUGCUAUCUUGCUCUACACCAUGAUCUCAUGGCUCGUCAACCGAAACCGUCGUGAGCACCCGGCCUUCAGUGUCCUGGGCGUCGUUCCGAAAGGCUUUCAAAAUGUCGGCCCUCCUCACUUAGACAGCGCUCUCAUUUCCAAGUUUGCUACGCACUUGCCCGCCACUGUCAUUGUCAUGCUCGUCGAGCACAUUGCCAUUUCCAAGUCUUUUGGUCGUGUUAACAACUACACCAUAGACCCUUCUCAGGAAAUGGUUGCCAUCGGCAUGACCAAUAUUCUCGGACCCUUUCUCGGCGGCUACCCUUCCACUGGUUCCUUCAGUCGUACUGCUGUCAACUCCAAAGCUGGGGUCCGCACACCAGCAGCUGGCAUUAUCACUGGUCUCGUAGUCUUAAUUGCUACAUAUCUUCUCACCUCAGUCUUCUUCUAUAUCCCGAGCGCAUCUCUUGCUGCCGUCAUCAUCCACGCCGUCGGCGACCUCAUUACACCUCCCAACACGGUCUACCAGUUUUGGCGAGUCUCUCCCCUCGAGGUCUUUGUCUUUUUUAUCGGUGUAUUUGUUAGUGUGUUUGUUCACAUUGAAGAAGGCUUGUACGCCACCGUCUGUCUCUCUGCGGCCAUUCUUCUCUUCCGCAUUCUUAAGGCGCAAGGCCGGUUUAUGGGCAAGGUCCGCGUCCACUCCGUCCUCGGCGAUCAUGUCAUUGGUGCCGACGACAAGCAGCUUGUUGGCGAGUAUGGCACAUUCACCGAGACGCUGGAGAACUCAUCUCGCAACGUCUUCUUGCCUCUGGACCACGGCGAUGGCUCUAACCCCGAGGUGGAGCUUGAGAAUCCCUAUCCUGGCGUCUUCAUCUACCGCUUCUCCGAGGGCUUCAACUACCCCAACGCCAACCACUCCCUGGAGUAUCUCAUCGAUUACAUCAAGUCCCAAACACAACGCACCAGCCCUGAGAUGUUUGAACGCAAAGGCGACCGACCAUGGAACAACCCCGGACCCCGCAAGACGGCCAAGAGUAGAGAAACCGACAAGGAUCGAAUGCCGAAUCUCAAGGCCAUCAUUCUCGACUUCAGCUCCGUUAACAAUGUCGAUAUUACUUCAGUCCAGCGUCUGAUUGACGUGCGCAAUCAGCUUGACAAGUACACGGCCCCCAAGGUGGUUGACUGGCACAUCGCCUGCAUUAACAACCGCUGGACCAAGCGUGCCCUCAUUGCCGGCGGAUUUGGCGUGCCCACGGCCCCCUCAGACGGAGUCCCUCACCGCUGGCGCUCAAUCUUCAGUGUCGCGGAGAUUGGCGGCAAAGACUCUGCCGCUGCUGUCGCCGAGGAGAGCGCACACGAGCGUGACCUGGCCCUAGCCCUGCGCCACAACCAAGCUCCCGAUGAGGAGAUGGGCAAGGCGGGUGAUCUGGGUAUAUACGACUCGGACGAGCCUAUAUCUACGGGCCGUGAUGACGAGAAGCCCAAUUUGGCCGCCACGCUUCGCCAGCGCCGCAAGGGGGCCGUCGUUAGCGGCCUGGACAGACCGCUCUUCCACAUUGACCUGACGAGCGCUGUUCAGAGCGCCAUUUCCAACGUCGAGGCAAGAGAAGAGUUUCGCGCCGGAACCAUGACAGGAGGAUCUUAG